AUGUAUAACAUUUAUCGUAACAAAGUUAGAAAACUAUGUAAAUCUGCUCGUCAGUCCUACUACGAUAAGAAAAUCCUUAAUACCAGUGAAUCUAACCCAAAAACAUGGUACGAUAACAUCAAGUCUAUUUCUGGUCUAUCUAAAUCGGAACCUUUUUCGAGCAUCUUCCAUGAUGGUGAGUUCAAAAGAGGUCCUGAGCUUGCUGAACUAAUUGCCGAAUCUUUCUGUGCUGUUUCAAACGAAUUGGCCCCACUCUGCUUCAAUAAGCUUCACAUUACAUCUGUUCCUGAUGAGUACAUAAUAUCAACCCAACAAGUUGAAAUCGAAUUGGAAAAGAUCAGUCUUCAGAAAGCAAUUGGCCCCGAAAAUAUCCCCAACUGGGUACUGAAAUCAGCUGCACCGUUGCUUGCUGGUCCAAUAUGUUCCAUCUUCAAUGCCAGCAUUGCACAAGGUUGCAUCCCGACACUCUGGAAAUCAGCAGACGUUAUCCCAGCGCCAAAAAUAUCUAAUCCCAAAUCAGUUGAUAGCGACCUAAGACCUAUUUCUCUCACACCGGUGCUGAGUAAAUUAUUGGAAAGCUUUGUUUCUGGGUGGCUUUUUGGUUAUAUUAAACCAUCAAUCGACCCGCUCCAGUUCGGAAAUAUGAAAAAUUGCUCCACCACACACGCUCUUAUCCACAUGAUCGAUAACUGGCUAGCCGAAUUAGAAAACCCUGGUUCAACUAUCAGAUGUUGUAUGAUUGACUUUUCGAAAGCCUUUGAUCGCAUUGAUCACAAUAUUUUACUUCAUAAAUUACAACAACUCAACAUCCCUCCUAUCUUGUUGAAUUGGUGCGCUGAGCUCCUGCAUGACCGAUAUUUACGUGUCAAGCUUGGCCAGAAUAAAUCAACAUGGCGACAAAUAAAUGCAGGGGUUCCACAAGGUACAAAACUUGGACCCCUCUUCUUCCUUGUGAUGAUAAAUGACUUGCAAACCAACACUCCAAUGUACAAAUAUGUCGAUGACUGCUCCACAUACGAAAUCGUUUCAAGAUCAUCCCCUACUUCAUCGCUUCAAGCUAAUAUAAACACUAUAAAUGACUGGACCAAUCACAACAACAUGCGGCUUAAUGUAUCUAAAACCAAAGAACUGCGUAUAUCCUUUCUUAGAGUCCCUAUGGUAUUCGAUGCCCUCUCGUCAUCUGGUUUAA